AUGGACACGUUGGUAGGCCACAUGGCCGGCGUGUCCUGCCUGGCGUGGAGUCCGGACAGCGGUACCCUUGCGACGGGGAGUGACGACAAGGCAAUCAGGCUAUGGGAUCGAGUGACUGCCAACCCGGCGCAUGCGGUCGAGACCGGCGAUGCUGCGCGGGGCCGCGUGAGGAGAGACGGUGGCGCCACGGGACGGGGCGGAGGAGGGCGGCGUCCGCUGGUGGGUCACCACAACUACGUCUACUGCUUAGCUUUCUCCCCAAAAGGCAACAUACUGGCCAGUGGGAGCUACGACGAGGCCGUGUUCCUGUGGGAUGUGCGUGCGGGGCGCCUAAUGCGCAGCUUGCCCGCCCACAGUGACCCGGUCAGCGGUAUUGACUUCUGUCGGGACGGGACGCUGGUGGCGAGCUGCUCGACAGAUGGGUUGAUCCGCAUCUGGGACACCUCCACGGGCCAAUGCCUGCGCACCCUCGUGCACGAAGACAACCCGGCCGUGACUUCGGUCUGCUUCUCGCCCAACGGCCGCUUCGUGCUGGCCUUCUAUCUGGACUCGUGCAUCCGCAUGUGGGACUUUGUCAGCAUGCCCUCGACUGUCAAGAAGACGUACCAGGGCCACGCCAACGACGGCUUCAGCGUCGGCGGCGGGUUCGGGACCCUCGAGGACGACGAGUCCGGGCAGACGUCCUCGUUCAUCGCGUCCGCCAGCGAGGACGGCGCCGUGGUCCUGUGGGACGCCAAGACCAAGGAGGUCGUGCAGCGCAUCGACGGUGCACACGACGGGGUCUGCUUCUGGGUUGACGUCCAUGGCGACUCGAUGGUGAGCUGUGGGCAAGACGGGCGCAUAGUCGUGUAUAAACAUCAUGGGAGGAAAGGGGACCGGCCGGCGGUGAAUGGGCACAGUAAGGCUAACGGCGGUGCGUACCCUGCCAACGACCCGGACGAGGAGAAUGGGCAGGAAAACGGACUGCCGGAAGAGAUGGACAUCUCAACAGACAUCGAGUGA